GGCUCAGCAGACGCGUCUCUGCUCCACCUCCCCGCCCUCUGCUCCAAACGGGAAGUGUCUCCCCGGCUCCGGGCAAGGCGUGGCGGGGCGUCGAGGUCGUGCCGUGGGCGGUGGCGGGGUUGGUCGCCUCCCUCUGGCUGGCUCUGGGCAGGCAGAGCCCGCCUCUCCUCUCCUCUCUCCCCCCCCCCGCCAGCCACGCCUCGCCUCUGAUUCCCGCUACCUAGCCAAGGGCGCAGGUAGGAAGGCAGGCGGCCGGCUAGAUCGAGGGGGGAAGGCGGGCCCCCGAGGGCGGGGCGGGCAGGGCAGGGCCGGCUCUGGGCUGCCAAGUCCCCAGCCCGGCAGAUCCGAACACAGAUCCCUUUGCCCUGGCGCGGGUGGGUGGCAGGAAGCGCGGAAGCGAGGAACCCCCACCAUGGCGAAGCGAAGAAGUCCUCCCGGACCUCUCGGGGUCAAGGAAGCCUGGUCCACGACGCUCCUGGCAGCUUCCAUCUUGAGUUCUUGCUUGCUGUUGACUUAUGCCCAGGGUGGGACUGAAUUUCUCAUCAAAGUUGAACCAGAAAAGCCUAAAGAAGGACAGAGUGUCACCUUAACACCAGAAGCUGUUGAUCUGACGGAAUUUGCUAGCUGCAGCUGGUACCGAGGGACAAUUGAAGAUCGAAAAAAGAUUUUUACCUAUUACCUAGUUCCAAAACCUGGGCAGGUAAAUGGAUCUGCCUUCACUGGACGAGAGACUGGGGCCCUAGACUGCUCCCUUCGUAUCACAAAUUUAAGGGCAAAUGACUCUGCAAUCUAUACACUGAGCAUGGAGGGACCUACAGGGUUCAAAACGAGGAAUGCAAGCCUCACAGUCUUAGGAGUUGUCACUAAUAUCAACAUCAGUGACCCUGGCAAGGCCAUUGAGAAUAACAUCACAGUUCUGAACUGCACCUCCGCAGGCUCUGAUGUUUCCUACUCUUGGUUAAAAGGGAACCAGAGCCUGGUGGUUGGAGGUCGCAUUUCUCUGAGCAACAACAACCAGACCCUCACAUUCAACACAACAAGCCGGAAUGACUCAGACAGCUACAGCUGCCAUGGAUAUAACACCUUCUCUAAUGACACCGUCACCUACUUGUUGAAUGUUCUCUAUGGGCCUGAUGUCCCUGUAAUCAGCCCCAGUGCACACUCUUAUGCAGAGGGCUCCAACCUCACUCUCUCCUGCAAAGCUGACUCCAACCCAGCUGCACAAUACACUUGGGCCUUAAAUGAGACUUCAGAAGUUGGGAAUACCUCCCAGCUCCUGAUCCUGAAUCUUCUUUUCAACAAUACUGGGAAUUACACCUGCAAGGCUUUCAACAGUGAAACCAACAACCACUCCAGCUCCCCAAACCAGGAGAUCUGGGUACUGGCGAAAGUUUCUAAUGUUAUCAUUACUGGUCUUUCCGAAACCAAUGAAAGUGAGUCGGUGUCGGUGACUCUGAAUUGCACCUCUAGUGGCAGUGAGGUCUCUUACUUUUGGUUCAAGGGGAAUCAGAGCCUGGAGGAUGGAGGACAUGUGUCUCUGGGGUCUGAUAACCAAUCUGUCAUAAUAUACCCAGUUGACCGGUCUGAUGCAGGCUCCUACCUCUGCCUUGGGGUCAACAGCAUCAGCAACAACACCAGUAUCCCCUUCAACCUGACAGUGUUCUAUGGGCCUGAUGUCCCUGUAAUCAGCCCCAGUGCACACUCUUAUGCAGAGGGCUCCAACCUCAGCCUCUCCUGCAAAGCUGACUCCAACCCAGCUGCACAAUACACUUGGGCCUUAAAUGAGACUUCAGAAGUUGGGAAUACCUCCCAGCUCCUGAUCCUGAAUCUUCUUUUCAACAAUACUGGGAAUUACACCUGCAAGGCUUUCAACAGUGAAACCAACAACCACUCCAGCUCCCCAAGUGAGGAGAUCCGGGUACUGGAAACUCUCUCCAGCCCAGUCCUGUGGCCUCCAGAAAACACAGUGCCAGAGAACACAAGUGUUACCUUAUAUUGUAUCACUUCCAACAGCCGCGAUGUCAACGUCUCCUGGUUCCAGGAUGGUAAUUCUCUCACGGUACCUUCUGACCAGGACCGAAACCUCACUCGUGUUGUCACCAAAGAUGUUGAAGGGAUCUAUACAUGUAAUGCCACCAACCCUGUCAGCUACGCCGUAAGCAACUCCAGUAAGAUAACCAUGGCAUAUGGGCCAAAUAAUGUUAAGGUGAGCCCAACAGGAACCACAGUGCUGAAACCAGGUUCCCGUUUGGAUCUGCUGUGUACAGCGGGCUCUGUACCUGCAGCCCAGUUUUGGUGGCUUUUCAAUAAUACUGAUAAGAACGUGACGAAGGACACCUUCAGCAUUGACUUGAUGGCCUGGGAAGAUGAAGGGAAUUACACCUGCCAGGCUAGCAACAACAUCACUAAACGCACUGUCUCGAAAUCAUUCUAUGUGAAAUUGACAGACGAGGAAAAUGAAAAAGUUCCAGGGGGCUCUCUCACUGCUGGGCAAAUUGUUGGAAUCGUCAUAGGUUGUGUGCUUGGAGCAGCACUCAUUGCAGGUCUGCUGUAUUUCCUGCUCACCAAGACUUCUUUGGGGAGAACGGAGCAGCACGCAUCCAAUGGAAACAAACCCUCAGCACCCGGCCACAACCAGGGCGUCACUGACACCAAACCCACAUCGGGUGAAGAGGACAUACAAUAUUCAACACUAGCCUUCAAGGCAAACAACCCUCCCCAGCCAGAUCCAGGGACCACCCGACCUUCGGACAACAACAUUAUUUACUCAGAAAUCAAGAAGAAAUGAUCAGGGAUAAAUCUCCCCCAAUGGGCUUUUUGGUGCAAGCAUCCCCUACGCCUCACUUCUGCUUCCUUUGCCUGGAUGUUUUUUUAGGGGGAGGCUGUUUGAAAAAAGCAGUUGCCUCUUCUGAAGAGGCCCCUCCCUCAUACACACUCACACGCCAGUUGGUUCUCCUCUUAGAGUCCACCAGCCCCCUUAGCUGAAAAGAAAAAAGCAGAAGUUCUGUCCACACCCAGUCGCCUGGUGUAAUAAAAGGGUUGGCAGUGGACCCUAGUGAUUAGAGGGCAGGCCUUCCCUUCGCCCUGCUGUGACUUGCCUGCAUGCCAAGAGAAAAGCCAUUUCAUCCUCAGAACUGGGUGGGGAAAAGUGGGCAACAGGUUGCAUAUCUCUUUUCUCUUCUCCUCCCCCCACUAGUUCCUGGCUGUGCCAAACCUUCCCUCCCCACGGUCACUAGGCAGCUGUGUGGUUCCUGUACCCUUGGGCCUUUUCCAGCCACCACAAGCCCUCCUUGGGGAACUGAGUUCCAGGCACUGGCGAAGAAAGUACUCAAUAUCAGGGAAAGUGUACACUGGAAAGGGACUGAUGUAGUGGCUGCAUCCGGGGCCGUCCAGUGCCAGAGGAUUGCUUUGCUGGUGCCUUCAGGGCUGACACCCAGUGGCUCCAUCUGACUCCCGAUGCUCCUGACUUUUUUAUUUGCUUCUUCCGCCACCAGAUUCCGUGGGUCUUGGGGAAGGGCAUAAAAACUCACUGGAGGAUCCGAUCAAGCCCAUGGACUAGCGGCUCACCACUCCUGGUGUAUAGGUUGCCUUCUAUACUGGCAAUGCUUUGACAGGCCGGCAACAACAGCCACCUUUGCUCUGUGGUCUGGCUUCUGGCUUCAGCUACUCUUUUGCUUACGUGAAUGUGAAACUGCCCCAUGGAUGGAUAUCGAACUUGGACAUGCGGACUCAAGAUGUGUAGAAGGGAUUUGUGAUGGCAAAAUCAUAAUUAUUUCCCUACUGCAGAGUAAGGCCAUCGAUCAUUAUCCCUUCCUUCCCUGCCACACAUCCCAUUCUCCAGAUUAUCUCAGAUAACAGAAGCAAUGCGUACCUUGCAGAGCAGAUUGGUUAAGUAACCCAUGUCAAACACAGCAGGCUGCAAGAGAAUGUGGGCUGUGUGGAGGCCGGGAUAUUGCAUAGAUUUCCUUCCGUGUUUUUCCAGCCACAUGGUGUCUAUUGGGAGGAAAGAGGAAAGAUUGGUGCCAAAUGGUUAGAGGCUUAGAGCACUGUGGAUAAAAAUUAGGAUGCCACCAACUUUGAGAGAGGAAGAGAUGUGGUGUGUCAUCUGUCCCGCUGACACUACAGAGCUAGCGGGCAGAGCACUGGGAUUGACUGUAAGAGCCAUGAUGCUCACCGAGCAGUCUUAAGCAAGCCCCUAUCCCUCAAACUAACCUCCCAUGCAGGGUUGUUGUGAGGCUACAACGAAAUACAGACAUACUGCUGCCUUGAGCCUUUAGGGGGGGCAGCAGGAGAUUAUUUUAAUUGCAGGUAUAGAAUCGGGAUGUAGGAGUCAGAAUUCUAGAUUAAUUCAACUCCCACAUUGCAGAGGAAUGUUUCAAUCAGCUGGGAGAACUGGGUUGCUCUGCUAAAUUCAACAAAGUGUAGAGAGGGAGAGUGAUUAACAGUGAACAAUUGUCUGUUUUGCUUUGACAAUCAGCAUUGGCUGUGCAACCAACCUGCUUAAGCUAAUGGGGCAAACUUGCCAAAAGAUGUUAGUCUGAGCCAAAGCCAGGCGUCAUAAGAUCUCUGGUAGGAAUGGAGGGAAAUCUCUCUUAUACCCUCUACUCCUUUUGCAUUGCUUCAGAGUCUUCCCCACCCCCCAUGUUUUUCACCUUUGACUGAGAGUCAGAGUGCCCCUGUGGUGUGAUAGUAUCUCGUACACUCUGGGCCUCGCUAAUCGUUGGGUGUGGCUGGAAGACGGCAUGUAUUCAUGUUAAGCUUCAGGACAGAAGGACAAUGCAGCAGUGUUUGGAAUAAGCAUUGCAGUCAUGGCCCCAGCACCCAAGUUAACCCGUACAUUGUCCUCCAAUCUUGAGAAGGCCUGACACAGUGCUCUGUAAUGAAGAAAUCCCACAAAAGAAGCUUGUCUCCCUAUUGCAUCCGGUUGGCACUGAGCCUUUGGAAUAGCUAGCUGGCAUCCUGCAGGGCAGGAGUGGCACAGGCAGCUAGGGUUGACGGUGACUGUGUAGAGGGCAGGAUGGGAGACGAGAUGCACGCUGUGGUGAUUAUGAAAAUUUGGGCUGUUUUUCUGGUGUUUGUAUCAUUAUUUUGUUUUUAAUAAUAAUAAAAAAACUGAGAAUGGAA